AUGAACCCCUUGAACCCAGUAGAAUUCAGGAGGCAAGGCCAUAUGGUCAUAGACUUCCUUGCAGAUUAUUACGAGAAUAUAGAAAAGUAUCCUGUUAAAAGCCAAGUUAAACCAGGUUAUCUAUUUCAAAGUUCGCCCGACUGUGCUCCAAUGUACCCUGAGCCAAUCGAAGCUAUACUGAAGGAUGUGCAGAAGGAUAUUAUUCCAGGCAUAACACAUUGGCAAAGUCCAAAUUUUUUCGCCUACUUUGCAUCCAGCGCAAAUACGGCAAGCUUUCUAGGGGAAAUGCUUCUCAAUGGUUUUAAUGUUGUCGGAUUCAACUGGGCAUCUUCUCCUGCAGCAACAGAGCUAGAGAUCCUGGUCAUGGAGUGGCUGUUAAAACUACUACAGCUUCCCCAGUCGUUCUCAACUUCAAGUGAUCACGGUGGUGGUGUUUUGCUUGGCACCACCUGUGAGGCCUUCGUUUGCACGCUGCUUGCUGCGAAAGAGAAGACACUUGAUCAAAUUGGAAGAGAAAAGACAGAAAAGCUUGCAGUGUACUGUUCCGACCAAACCCAUUUCUCUUUCCAGAAGUCAGCAAAAAUUGUUGGGAUAAAACCUCAGAAUGUUCGACAAGUCGUGACAACCCGGUCAACUAACUUUGAACUAUCCCCAGAAUCCCUAGAUGAGAUGAUUAAAAGAGACAUUGAAGAUGGUUUAAUUCCAAUUUAUUUAUGUGCAACUGUUGGAACAACCUCAACGACAGCGGUGGAUCCGCUGGGGACUUUGUGUGAGGUAGCAAGCAAAUAUAAUAUGUGGGUUCAUGUGGAUGCUGCAUAUGCUGGAAGUGCAUGUAUCUGUCCUGAGUUUCGUCACUUCCUUGAUGGUGUGGAGGGUGCAAGCUCCUUCAGUUUUAAUGCGCACAAAUGGCUGCUCACAAACCUGGCUUGCUGCUGCCUUUGGGUUAAAGACAAAUCGUCAUUUACGAAACCACUCUCCACAACCUCAGAGUUGAUCGCAAACAAAACCACAGAAUCAGGGAAAGUCGUCGACUACAAAGACUGGCAGAUAUCACUAGCACGAAGAUUCCAAGCCUUGAAGUUAUGGAUGGUGCUUAGGAGCUAUGGGACGAUUGCUUUGAGGGAAUACAUAAGAAAGCAUGUGAAAAUGGCCAAGGAUUUUGAAGGGCUCGUGAACAUGGACUCUAGGUUUGAGAUUAUGGCACGUAGAUAUUUUUCUAUGGUUUGUUUUCGAGUUUCUCCUUAUGCUAUUAGUCAGCACCAUGACAACGACCAUGAAGCAAAUGAAUUCAACCAAAUGUUAUUGGAAUUAGUGAAUGCAACGGGGCGAGUUUACAUGACACAUUCGGUGGUUGGAGGAGUUUAUGUUAUCCGAUUUGCUGUGGGGGCAACUCUCACCGAAGACAGACAUGUAAAGAUGGCUUGGGAGUUAGUGCAAGGUCAAGCGACAUCAUUGCUGGGUACACCGACACCAAAUAGUGCUUCUAAUGUUCAGCCAUCCAAGCAAAUUGAAGGAUCAAUAUCUACGUGA